UUUAAGUAGAUAGCAAUCCACUGAACCAAACCCUAAUCGAGGGUUUUCUCUUACAGUGAAGUUUGAAGGAGAAGAAUUUUGAGCCAUGAGUAAGCUUCAGAGCGAUGCCCUUAGAGAAGCCAUCUCUGUGAUUAAGAAUGAUUGUGCAGAGAAGAAAAGAAAAUUCACUGAGACUAUUGAGCUCCAGAUCGGGCUGAAGAACUAUGAUCCCCAAAAGGACAAACGUUUCAGUGGAUCCGUUAAAUUGCCCCACAUUCCUCGCCCUAAAAUGAAGAUUUGUAUGCUUGGAGAUGCUCAGCACGUUGAGGAGGCAGAAAAGAUAGGUUUGGAGUACAUGGAUGUGGAAAGCUUGAAAAAGCUUAACAAAAAUAAGAAAUUGGUUAAGAAGCUUGCAAAGAAAUACCAUGCUUUCUUGGCUUCAGAGUCUGUCAUCAAGCAGAUUCCUCGUUUGUUGGGGCCCGGCCUGAACAAGGCGGGCAAGUUUCCGAGUCUUGUUUCACACCAGGAGUCACUUGAAUCCAAGGUUAAUGAGACCAAAGCUACUAUCAAGUUUCAAUUGAAAAAGGUGCUUUGCAUGGGAGUUGCUGUUGGAAACUUGGAUAUGGAGGAAAAACAGAUCUUCCAGAAUGUGCAAAUGAGUGUUAAUUUUCUAGUGUCGUUGCUGAAAAAGAAUUGGCAAAAUGUAAGGUGCCUGUACUUGAAGAGCACCAUGGGAAAGCCACAACGUGUCUUUUAAGGCGAUUUUUGUUUUGCUGUUGGAAGUUUUCAGCAUUUUGGGUGUGUGAGCUAUAGAUACUCCUGAAAUUUUUGGGUAGUGGUCCUGGUUAUCCGUUUGAAUACUAUAACAUUGUUCGGUAUUGUUUUGCUUCAACUUUGUCUUCUUUAAAGAUGUUACCAGUGAUUGCCAUAGCAUCCUAGGUGCCAAUUUCUCUAAA